AUGGAAAAGCUUGGCCAGAUCGACGGGAAGCGGCGACGAUCUGCACAACACAAUCUUGCUGUAAUUCCUCCAUGCCUUUGUCUGCACGAUCCGAUGUUGCUGCAAUUCUCAAAGAGGAGAAGACAGAAGGCGUCAAACCAGAGGAGGCGCUCGCUCUCGCAAGACGACGUAGCUUCUAAACCCACGUCUGGGCUUGGGUUUCAUAACCUUAGUUAUUUGGGACUUGGAUCUAGAGGCCCAUAUCCAGUCUGA